AUGUCUUCAAGUUCAGGAUCAUCCCAACUCCGGAACCUUUUUUACAGCAUUGAAGAUGAAUUGGUGUCCGGAGAAAUGUUUUACGAGCUCCCACCGGAGUCGUUUUGGGUGCCGAAUGGCCAGGAAAAAGAUUGGGUUGAUCACCACGCAGUAAUGCAACGCAAGAGCUCGAUGAAGCUUAGUUCUGUCGGGCCCUCAAACCACCAUUCCCAAUCAUUUUCUCGCCGGUUUUCUCCAUCUGUGAAUCAGAAAAGUAAAGCUUCACUGAUUGGCUUUCCAAUGACUCCGAAAUCAGGCUCAGCCGACAGGAAUAUCCGGCAAAACAAGGCCGGAAAUGCUCGCCUGUUCAGAAGCUUGUCUGAACCGGGAGGAAAGCUGUCCGUAGAAGCGCCUGAACCGGGUUCUCCUAAAGUUUCUUGCACUGGGAGGGUUGAGAAGGAGAAAGGAAGGGCCAAGAAAGCCUGGUUUUGGAGCAGUUUCAAGACCAUUUUGAGAAGCGGAUUCGGAGUCAGCCUGUUGGCUAGUAAGGGCAAAGGGGUGUCUGCUUGA